ACUAUAAAUAUGAACAAUGGAAUAUCUGGUGGUGUGUAAGAACAGCUAGCUGACUCUAGGGUUUCUGCGCUUCCUCGCCUCUCUCGCAGAUCUGCGAUGGCCAAGAGAACCAAGAAGGUUGGUAUUGUUGGGAAGUAUGGCACCCGAUACGGUGCAAGUUUGAGAAAGCAGAUAAAGAAGAUGGAAGUGAGCCAGCACUCCAAGUUUUUCUGUGAGUUUUGUGGAAAGUACGCAGUAAAGAGAAAGGCCGUUGGCAUUUGGGGCUGCAAGGACUGCGGAAAAGUGAAAGCAGGCGGUGCCUACACACUCAACACGGCCAGCGCAGUGACAGUUAGAAGCACCAUCAGAAGGCUGAGGGAGCAGACGGAGAGUUAGAUUUAGUGAGGUCAGUUUUUCAUUGCCAAUCAUGUGCGCCGCAGCACGGUUUCUUCGAUUUUUAGUUUGAAAUAUAUCGAUAUAGCUGUGAUAUUUUUUAGGCUUUUAUUUGCAACUUUCAUUUCUACGCUUGUGGCUAAAUUGCAAUUUUCCGAUGCUUUUAUUUGCAACUAUGGGUAUGUUCUUUUGUGUUUUGGAUA